AUGGACUCACUCAUUGAGGCGCACUUCUCCCCGCUUGCUGCCUCUGGCAAGCCCAUGGGUCGCUGCGGCAAGUACCCUUGGAGUCCACUCCAAAAUCACCUCAAUUCCACUUUACCUGCUCCUUCUAUUCCCUCUCUCUUCCAGAUCGCUCGCAUCGACUCCCUCUUUGAAGCCCACUUCUCCCCGCUCGCUGCCUCAGGGAAGCCCAUGGGUCGCUGCGGCAAGUGCCCUAUCGCUUGCAUGGAUUCCCUCUUUGAGGCGCACUUCUCCCCUCUCGCUGCCUCGGGCAAGCCCAUGGGUCGCUGCGGCAAGUGCGGGAGGUUCAUGCGCUUUGUGCCGCUGAAACCCACACGGCUGUUCUGCCCCACCUGUGAAGACAUUUUCAACCUGCCUCAGAACGGUGCUAUCAAGGUGAGGGGAGUGGCAGGCACAGAGGAGUGGCAGAGGUAUAAGCUUUACAAGGAACUCACCUGCCCGCUCGACAACUAUGAACUGGUCCUUUACUCUCUGCCCGGGCCCGAGGGGAAAACUUUUCCUCUCUGCCCGUACUGCUACAACCAUCCUCCGUUUGAGGACCUGGGAAAGCCAAUCACCCCUGCCACCAGCACCACUGCCUCCUCCUCCAAACCUGCUGCCGAGCCUGCUGCUGGAUCUACAUCCCAAGCCUCCUCCAGGACAGGCUCGUCGGUCUUCACUGGUAUGGCGUGCACGAGCUGCCGCCACGUGUCGUGCCGCCAUUCGCUGGUGAGCAUGGGCGUGUGUCCCUGCCCCGACUCAGCACCAGCAGGGGAACCAGGGGAAGCAGGGGCAGCAAAGGCAGGAGGGCGAGAAGGAGGGUGGUUGGUGCUCUGA